AUGCCGAGACUAGGAAUGUGUUCGAAUAACUUGAACUACUGUGAUAAAGACAUGAUGUCUUAUUUUGCAAGUAGUUCAACUUUUCAAAUAGUUUUUGUUUUUUAGGGUUCCGAGUAGUUUUCCCGUUCCCAGUUGUUCCCCUUCUGACUUCGCAUCCGAUCCGCAGCUUUUUGUUUCCCUUCAUCAUCGGGUGCACGCGGCAAGGCCUCCCAAUUUUCGUAGCGCGCGUUUAGCGGUUCCGACUUUGCUUAUUAAAUCUUCCCUUCUUUGUUCUCGGAAUAUACAGAUGUCAGUGUCUGUGACUUUUUAGAAUUCGGGUGGCCCAUUGGUUGUGAUUAUAGUAGCCUGCGUAGCAUGGCGGUUUUGGUUGGGAGCGCUAAGUAAUAAAGGCGGGCGAGGGCAGAGAAACCGCGAGGAGAUUGGGGCGGAAGCAACUUGAAAAACCGCCUGCACGGACGGGGGGCUUUUUUGAGUCGGUCCGCACGCCAGCGUACGGAUCGUUCCGAUUGGUUCGGAAUGUUCGCCUGUCAAUCAAAUAUUUUGGUAAUCUCCCAUGGGAGAGUUUCGAGGGACUGAACAAAUCAUCUCCGCAAAACAAAAUCAAAAUAUCAAAGAAGCGUUGACCGGAGCGUCGUCGAUCUUGAAUAUUUGACGGGAAAAUAGGGCAAUUGUAUUGAAGUCUAAACAGGAAAUGGCCAUUUACAGUCUUCUUCAAAGGAGAGAUGUCAUGGAAAUUUUGUCAACAAGAUUUGGCAAGAGCAUGAUCUUUACUGUCUUUGCUAUGGCCAAAGAAGAAAUAUCCUCAUCGGAAACCUGUAUGAUCACAAUUUCCCCUCUAAAAAGUACUAUCGAGGACCAGAUAUCUGAAAUGGUGUCGCUGAGAUGUAAAGCAAUGGACCUUAUGACAGAAACAGUAAAUUUCAGUGCUUCGAGAAAGUUCACCUCAAUUUUCUCUAUUACUCGGUGUUAGAGAAUAACGCACUCCAGCGCAAUACAUCGAACGGCGUCCGCGAUUGUGGUCGAUGAAUCGCAUAUGGUAGAAGACGCACAGCGUAAUUCUCCAUACUUUUUUGCUUGGUGUAGCUUAAGCUACAACUCAAAUCUGAAGAUCGCGCUCUACGUAAAAAUACAACAUCCUGCAAACAACAGUUAAAAAGCCGGGCCCAGCGUCAAAACAUUCACGGACAAAGCAGUGACAAAGAAACUACAAACCAAGGCUCCUUGGUUUGUAGUUGUCCAGAUCCAGGCAUUUUAGUCGGAAAAGACCAAAGAAACUAAAAUAUUUAUUUAGCCGUAAUAAAAAGCUUUAGGCUUUAAGAGUGGUCAAAGAAAUUAGUACUUUACAACUGCAUCUGAGAUCAACAAAUUCUAAUUAGCGAAAAUAACAUUAACCACAGGAAAUAAUUACUCAAUACGGAUUAAACAAACCAACUCCAUGACCUCUAAAUAAAUGUAAGACUUAGUGCAGCGAAAAUAAGAUCUACUCAGUCAAGUUUAGAACGCAGUGUAGUCACCUAUGCGUGAGAUAGCCACAAAGAAAAAACCCGUGUUUGUUCAAGCAAACUCCAAUUCCGGCCAAGGUCACGUUUUACACUAUAUCACGAGCUUUUGUGUCGUGUUUAGGCUGUCAACACUUUAUUUCUGAUUGGCUGGGAAAACUGAAACCAAACAAGUUGUCAACAGGAUGUCAAAAUGAGUUGAAGGGGGCGGCAGUUGAAAAGGCCACGAAUCCGGGCAGGCGGUUUUUAUUUUUCUCGCGGCUUCGCCGCUCGUUCUCGCGCGCUUCGCGCGCGAAUUUCGCGGCUACGCCGCUCCUGCGCCCGGCUCAACAAAACCGCCAUGCUACGCAGGCUAUGAUUAUAGUGGAGCAUUGCCUUCGAACGUAUUUCGUAAUCACAAAGGUGCUCUCGAUUUUCCAUCGGCCGUUGACAGUUACUUGUCAACGGAACUAGGAUUAGGUUCUCUUUUUGGGCCGUUUGCGUGCAAUCCAUUCUCUAGUCCAUUUGAAUUCCUUGCUGAAACAGGGCUCUGAUGAACGUCGUUUUAUUCUUGACCUUAGUUGUCCCAAAGGCGCGUCAGUCAAUGAUGGCAUCUGUAAAGAUUUUUAUCUAGGCGAACCACCGACCAGUGACCCUCACUUAUCCUAUUGUCGAUGAUAUACACUCUUUUUUUUGAUAAGAAUAUAUUUUAUAAGAAUAUCGAGGCUGAAAUUUGCGAAAUUUUAAGAAUAUUUUAAGAAUAAAGCCGAGGCUGAGAUUUUGAAAAGGAUAGAUAUAAUUUUGUGUGUUGAAACGUCUGUAAAUACAAUACAAUUUUAUGUUUUUAACUUAACCGUAUAAAAUUAUUCCUUUCUCUGAACGGCGAAACUAGCCAACAAACCGAAAAAAACCUGCACUAGCUAUAGGAAAAAGUUCAACGCUAAUGACAGUUCGAUGAACGGUACAUGCAAUACAUAUACAUAUACCCCAAUAAAUUCUAAAACGUAAAUGUCAUAAGCUAUAAUUUAAGAAUAAUACAAGAAUAUUUUCAGCCUAAAAUCGGCAGAAGAAUAAGAAUAUUCAGCCUGGACCGGAAAAACAAUAUUCUUAUAAAAAAAAUAGAGUGUAGCGGAACGUAUAGUCCAGUUCGGGCCUGGCUGCUUGUUGUUCAAACGGAAUCUCAAACGGGCAUAUAUACAGUUGCCGGUCGAUCCGUAUGAUUACCCUUUACUGGGU